AUGCUCUCCUCCCUACGCGCCCUCCCGCGCGCCGUCGCGUCCACAACGGCGGCACCAGCCUCCAAACGAGCCGUCUCCACCUAUCCAUUCUCGAAGAUGGCCAUCAUCCCACCACCACCGCCUGGAGAGAAGCCAGCAGGACUGAAAGACGGCAAAGGGCUCAUGGCCUACCUCCAGCGCACACUCCCCACCCCAGAAAAGCAACGACUCAUCACCACCCUCUUCGCCCGAAACCACCCGGAACGUGUACGGCCCGGCUCGGUACUGAGCGUGAAGCUCACUCACGCGCCGGGAGCGUUCAGCGGCGUACUCAUGGGCGUGCGUCGGCGCGGGCCGGAUACCAGCUUUACGCUGAGGAACGUCGUUGCCAGGACGGGCGUGGAGAUGCAGUUCUUCGUCAACUCGCCGCACGUGAAGGAGAUCAGGGUGUUGAGUCGCGCAACCCAGAAGGGGCCGGAUAAGGGCAGGAGGACGCAUCAUGCAAAGAUGAACUACUUGCGCGACAGACCCGACAAGAUGGCUGCGCUCGUCGCUGGCGUCAAGGGAUAG